AUGCUUCCGAUCUUCAGGCCUCGUGUCGCCCUGCGCCGCGGCGUAAGUGCCUGCACAUCCACCAGGCCAUCGUCCACUCAGGGUUUCUCCAAUAGGAGGUCCACCUCAACUACUCUUUCCGAGACUGUCUCCCUUCGCGCGAAGAACUCCACGCGAGCGUGCACCGCCGCGGCUUUUAUCACCUCUCGAAGCCUAAUACCUAUCGGUCGUCGAUACCUCGACUCAACAAAGGCAGCUGGUUCGAUAACACCGGCUUAUACUCGCAGCAAGCACACAACAGUCUCUCCCGCAUUUGCAGCUCAAUUCCGAUCAUUUUCCGCCCCUUCGUCCGUUCCAAAACCCCCAUCCGCUGGAGAUGCCGAGUUCCUAGACUCUCGGGCACGCGAGGUCAUCCACGCGGACGAAAAUGCGCAUCCAUCCACUGCCGCUCGUCUGAAACAGGAUGCCCGAUAUCUCCUACAGCUUUACGGCCGACCGGAUGUUAUAUUUACCCACGGAAAGGGUUGUUAUUUAUACGACCAGGCCGGGCGAAGUUUCUUGGAUCUCGCAGGGGGAAUCGCGGUGAAUGCGUUGGGGCACGCGGAUAAGGAGAUCACCUCAGUGAUUGCGGAUCAGGCUGGAAAGCUCAUACAUCUCAGCAACUUAUAUCAUAACGAAUACGCUGGGCCAUUUGCGAAGGCAAUUAUCGAGUCCUUACCGAAAGUGUCCGAGGGAGGGUUGGCACAGCCGGGAUCCAAGGUGUUCUUCUGCAAUUCUGGAACGGAGGCAAAUGAAGCUGCAUUGAAAUUUGGGCGAAAGUUCGGUCGACAAAAUCUAAAGGCUGGUGAGGUACACACCAAAUCCACCAUCGUAUCAUUUACCAACGCAUUCCAUGGCCGCUCUAUGGGGUCGCUUUCCGCAACACCAUCAAUCAAAUAUCAAACGCCAUUCAUGCCUCUGAUUCCGUCAUUCGUUCAUGCGCCACUGAACGAUAUUGAGAAGGCGAAACAGAUCAUAGACGAUAAUGUUUGCGCCGUCAUUGUGGAACCUGUUCAAGGGGAGGGUGGAAUCAACCUCAGUUCGAAAGAGUUUCUGCAAGUGCUAAGGAAGCGUUGUGAUGAAGUAAACGCGGUCUUGAUUUUUGAUGAGAUCCAGUGCGGAUUGGGCCGGACAGGAUCCCUGUUCGCUUAUGAGCAAUUCGACAUUGCACCAGACAUACUCACCAUGGCGAAACCACUUGCGAACGGAAUCCCCAUCGGUGCCGUCAUUGUGAGCCCUGAAGUCGCCAAACACAUUCACCCAGGCGACCACGGCACAACCUUUGGCGGGUCCCCAUUCGCCACACGGGUCGGCCACACUGUUUACAACCGAAUCAACAACCCGUCCUUCCUCGCCCACGUUCGCGAAAUGGGCGAAUACCUCCGACGACAAUGUGAGGAACUCGCAAGUAGUUCUCCUCUCAUCUCCGAAGUUCGUGGAGCAGGUCUCAUGGUUGGCCUGCAGAUGCGGGCGUCCGUUGAUCCCAACCUGUUUGUUGACAUGGCUCGUGAGCAAGGAGUGCUGGUUAUCAGCGCUGGAAACAACACCGUGCGUCUCGUGCCGCCACUGAUCAUCACCAAAAAGGAGAUCGAUGAGGCCGUGAGGGUCUUUGAGGAUGUCAUUACGGAUAUGGAGAGUUAUAUCGCCUCUGGGAAAGAUCUCAAAGGAUGA